UUGGCAUAAGCGACUCCAUUACUGUCACUGUUAUACAAAACUUGCAGUUUUAAAUAACUUGAAAAGAGCGUUCGGAUCAAUGUCAUUGCAACCGUGGCAGUGUUAAAGUGUGAAUAAUGGAUAACUAUUCUAUAACACAAUUUAAUAAUUAUAUUCAGAAAUAAAAAAUUAAAUAAAAAAUAUUUAUAAGACAUUUGAUCCCAAAUAAACAUAUGCAAUUGUAAAAAGAAAUUAAGUCACGCAAAGAUUUAUUUUAAUUAAAAAAAUAAUUUUUUGAAAAAGUUAUGGUUACGAAAAAUAUGAAUCAAUGAAAAAUUAUAAGUGUGUUUUGAGUGUUCCAUUUAUAAACAGUUUUUAAUUAAAGAACAAUGUUGAAUUUAAAUAUCGCCAGGACGUUACUGUUUUUAGGAUGUGUUGUUUGUUCAAAUGGAAGAAGUUUACGAGCAAAUAAUAAAAAUCUCUUAUCUACAAGAUCGUUAUUCGACGAAAAGAACAAAGAACAUUGGAAGAUUCAAGCACAAUGGACUCUGCGAACAAAGCUCGAAACUCCACUGAACAAGAAGGUCGCCAAAAACGUGAUACUGUUCCUCGGAGACGGUAUGAGCAUACCAACGUUGGCUGCCACCAGGGUGUACAUUGGCAGGAAGUUUGGCCACACGGGCGAAGAACUGAAGCUGAGCUUUGAAUCCUUUCCAUAUACUGGACUGGCAAAGACCUACUGUGUGGAUCACAACGUAGCUGAUUCAGCGUGCAGCGGGACUGCCUACCUUUCCGGAAUCAAAGGGAACAGUGGUACCCUGGGGCUCAGCGGUGCAGUGAAGCGAGGAGACUGCAAGGGUCAAAAGGAUGAUUCUAACACAGUCACUGGACUGAUGGACUGGGCACAAAAGGCUGGAAAAUCUACUGGUAUAGUGACAACUACGCGAGUCACUCACGCGUCCCCCGCAGCAGCGUACGCUCACUCGGCGGACCGGAAGUGGGAAGCGGACGCAGACUUGCCAAGACAAGGCCUUCGUUGCGAGGACAUAGCUAGCCAACUCGUAGGAGGGCGUGUCGGCAGUAGUAUAGACGUAAUUUUUGGAGGUGGGAGAAAAAACUUCUAUUCAAGAAAUGACAAAGACUCAAGCGGCAAUUUUGGGUACAGGAAUGAUGGGAGAAAUCUCAUAAGAGAGUGGCUUCUAAAUAAACAGAGUCAUGGAGUCGCACCAACGUACAUAGAGAACAAAAGAGAACUUCUAAAUCUUGAUAAGCGGAAACAUAAGACUGUAUUAGGACUGUUUGCUUCAGAUCACAUGCCUUACAACCUUGAAGCUGGGAUUAGUGAUCCAUCAUUGAGUGAGAUGACACAGAAAGCUAUAGAAAUUUUAUCGCAAAAUCAGAAUGGAUAUAUGUUAUUUGUUGAAGGGGGAAGAAUCGAUACAGCUCACCAUGAAACUAAAGCACGUAAAGCAUUGGAUGAAACGGCUGAACUGGCUAAAGCCGUAGAAGCAGCUCUACGCAUGGUGGACCCUGAAAACACUCUAAUAGUGGUGACCUCGGACCACAGUCACACUAUGAGCUACAGCGGGUACAGUAAGCGAGGAUCUGAUAUCUUAGGACUGGCUAAUGCUAAGUACAAUGCCUCGGACAAUUUGCCAUACAGCACUUUAAGCUACGCCAAUGGACCCGGCUAUAAGCCGCCCACGGACUUUAGGAGACAUAAUCUUAUGUUGGAUAAUAUGAACAGCUUGAACUACACUUUCCCGUCGAUGGUGCCAAUUCCACGGGAGACACACGGGGGUGAAGAUGUAGCGGUGUUCGCUAAGGGCCCCUGGGCACACCUGUUCACCGGCAACUAUGAACAGAGCUUUAUACCUCACGCUAUAGCGUACGCUGCUUGUAUAGGCCCCGGACUUACUAAAUGCAAUUUAUGAUAGAAUUCUAUAUUAUAAAAAAUAUUAUGACAAUAAGUGAGCUUAGCUCGUGUUAUGGGUACUAAGAUAACUGAUGAAUUAUAUACAUGAACACUUAUAAUAUACAGAUAAACGAUAUUUAAAAAAAGCAGUUGCGGCUCAUCAUACUGUCGAUGACUCUUAAAAGCAUGUACUCUCACAUAAAUAUUU